AUGAGCAUAAGAACGAUUCCGAAAAGGCUAACUUUUGUCGGAGGUGAGAACGGGAAAAAAGAUAAAAGAAUGCAAGGAACAGCAACGAACACUUGUAUCUGGAUAGCGCACCAGAAGAGUCGUCCCGGGAUCACUUUAGAAACCUCUUGCUUGUUUCCUAAAAGUAAUGUCCGGUGGUUGGAAGGCCUUUGGAACCUUUGCGCUUACAGGGCUGAUACUUUGGUUUUUGUUGAGUUUGAUAGUGCUCAUUAUCAAAUGCUUGAAGGAUCUUACCAGCAGGUGCAACCGGUGACACAACCAGCUCCUCUGCCUUAUGCGGCUCCGCAACAGACCUUGCCGCCACCAGCUUACGUGGUUCCUCAGCCAUCUUACGCAGCUUCUAUACCUGCAUACAAUGCUUUGGCUCCCGUUUAUCAGCCGGCUCCGUCUAGCUACCAAGUUCCUGUUCCUGCGAGUGCCAUCACUUAUACAGCACCACGGGAUAACAAUCCUGUGCAGAAAAUACAGCCGAUAAAAACAGUACCCGACAAGCAGUAUGAUUAUGAGUCAUCCGCGCGAGAAUCGCAGUAUCCAACAUUGAAUCCAAACGAAUCUCCAUCAGUGUAUCAGAGCCGGUACAACGCGGAGCCUCCGGAUCACACAUCUAUGGUGGCUUUUGAUGAAACGGCCCCAGCAAUUCCUCCACCGGUGCUAGAUCCUGCUUCAUCCGAGUAUAGAGGAACUGGAAACGAAGUUACGGAUGGUAUCGUUCCGAUGGAUAACGAAGCUCGCUUAGUACCAGCUGCUAGCACUUCGGCUCCUUCUUUCGAAAGAAAUGGGAACGAUGCGAGCGCAUAUCAACAACUGCAUUCCGGUGCCGUCGAUGAUGCUCCAGUCAAAAUUCCCUUUCACAGGAGGAUCAGCACUGAAGGCUUCGCUCCCAUGGAGAUGUAUACGAAGCGGCAUAUGGUGCUGAAGCGAAUGAGAAACGCUCGACAAUUAGCCGCCACAGUGCCACGAACCAACACGACUUGCAACUCGCACAAGCUCGCCAACGUCAUGGUUCGGGUGAUGGUGGAUGAUGUUUCCGUCUCAAAACGGACCAUACUACGAGCAACUGAAAUCGCUUUCGAUGGUGAUAAAUUCGACGUCUUUUGUGCGUCUGGUGAGUUCAGCUACAGUAUUCAUUCACGAAAGUAUUGUGAAGUGACGAAAGACGACAUCACUUGUUUUGCCUUCCGAUAAUCUUGGUUGAUAUAUUGCAUUCAUUUGUACUUGUUCGUUAAGCUGUUUAAUCAUCUCACAGCUCCCGCUCAGACCUCUUAUCUUUUAUUGCCUUCAUAAUCUUCUUGUGCACUUUCAAUUGUUG